GGUGACGCUGGGUGGAGGAAGGCGUUGCUCGUCGUUGCUCUCGCUGACUAGAGGAACGGAAAAUGGCGGACCUCGAAGACGUUACGCUGGACGGUAGACCGCUCCAGUCCCUUCGAGUUGCGGAUUUAAAAGCUGCUCUUGAGGAGAGGGGACUCUCUAAAAGCGGGCAGAAGAAUGCACUCAUUAAAAGACUCAAAGGGGCCCUCAUGCUGGAGAAUCUGCAGAGGACCUCAACCAAUCACAUCGGACUGCAGCCAAACUCACAGAUUGGAGAAGAAAUGAGCCAGAACAGCUUCAUCAAGCAGUAUCUGGCUAAACAACAGGAGCUCCUGAGGCAGCGGCUCGAGAGAGAGGCCCGUGAAGCAUAUGACACUAAUGAUCAAGAGGACCACACAGAAGUUAAUAACAGUACACCAUGCCCUCCUCCAGCCCAGGAAGCCCCGCCACCAUUGGCUGAGCAGCACAAGCCACCCGGCCCCUCCGGUGGAGAGGGAUUGUUUGGGGCAGCGAACGAGGCAGAGGGUAACAGAAACCAGGAAGCCCACAUGUCCGGUCCUCCUGCGUCUGGCUCUGUGGCCAUGCGCGUUCCUGUCGCAGAGCACCGACCAGAAAGGGGGUCCGCCUCCAACCAAGUCGCAGCUGACAGCAACGAUGACGACAGUGAUGACGGAGACGAGGAUGGCGACAACGACGAUUGGGAAGGAGGCGCUCGCAGGAGAAGCAACAGAGAGCCGGCCAGAGCUCCUGCGUCCAGAGAGAGGUCCGGAGCCCCCUGUCAACCCCCUCCGCAACACAUGCCUUCCCUUCUAUCCCCUCAACUCCGCCAGCCAACACCUCCUCCCUCCCCACCUCCAGAGUUAUCAUUCCCCUUGCCGGACACCCCUAAACAGAGCCCCCCAAGUCCAGAUGUAGCUGCAGCUGGGCGUUCGUCCAGUACUUCCAGCUCCGGCUCCUCCAGCAGCGACAGCCGCAGCAGCAGCCCGGAGCCGCAGAGGAGUGCCGAGCGCAAGCCCGGCCCGCUGACCCUUCUGGCCCGCAAAAUGGAGUCAGAAGGUGCUUUCUCUGGAGCGGGUUGGCACCGCGCCGCCGGUGUUGAAGGCGACGGCAGAGGGCCUUUAGAGGGUCUGGUUUCUGCCAUAACCCACACAGCCAAUGCGGCAGGGCACAUGUCCUUUUCCACGAUUCCAGGCAUCCCAGGAGCAUAUCCGGCCCAUAUUCAAGCACCCGUGAGUGUGCUCAAGGCCACCGCAACAGAAGAGAGGGACAGAGAGAGGGACUCUCAGUUGGAAAGAGAAAAGGCCCUUGAGCUGGAAAGGCAAGAGAAACAGAGAAAAGAGUGGGCCAUGGAGGAAGAGCGGGAAAGGGCCUUUGCACUGGCUUUAGAAAGAGAGGAACGAGAAAAGGCUUUGCAGCGCGAGAGAGAGCUUGCUCUAGAGCGAGAGAGACAGGUGAGGGAACUCGCUUUGGCUAAAGAGAGGGAAGAACGAGAGCGAGCCUUCGCACAAGAGCUGGAGAGACAGAGGUCCCUGGAGCAGGAGCGUCUGCAGAGAGAAAGGAAAGAGAGGGAGAAGCGAGAGAGGGAAGAAAUGGAGAGGGCCAUAGAGCAGGAAAGAGCCAGGGCUUUGGAGCAGGAAAGGAAAGAGAGAGAAAGGGCUCUGGAGCAAGAGAGGCUACAGAGGGAACGAGCUCUGGAGGCUGAGAGGAUCGAGAGAGAAAUGGCUUUGGAGCAGGAGAGGCUGGAAAGGGAAAGGUUUGAGAGGGAGAAAGCCAUCGAGCAAAAAAGACUAGAAAUGGAGAGAGCUCUGGAGCAGGAGAGACUCGAGAGGGAGAAAGCCAUAGAGAAGGAGAGAAGAGAAAGAGCUAUAGAGCAGGAAAGGUUGGAGCGGGAGAGAGCCCAAGAGCAACAGAGGUUAGCGCUCGAGAGAAAGGAAAAGGAGAGAAUCGAGAGAGAGAAAGUGUUGGAGCAAGAAAGGAAAGAGAGGGAAAGGGCAUUGGAACAGGAGGAGAAGGAGAGAUUUGAAGCUCUGGAACGGGAGAGGAAGGAGAAGGAGAGAUUUGAUGCUCUGGAACGGGAGAGGAAGGAGAGAUUUGAAGCUCUGGAACGGGAGAGGAAGGAGAAGGAGAGAUUUGAUGCUCUGGAACGGGAGAGAAAGGAGAAGGAGAGAUUUGAAGCUCUGGAACGGGAGAAGGAGAGAUUUGAAGCUCUGGAACGGGAGAGGAAGGAGAAGGAGAGAUUUGAAGCUCUGGAACGGGAGAGGAAGGAGAAGGAGAGAUUUGAAGCUCUGGAACGGGAGAAGAAGGAGAAGGAGAGAUUUGAAGCUCUGGAACGGGAGAGGAAGGAGAAGGAGAGAUUUGAAGCUCUGGAACGGGAGAGGAAGGAGAAGGAAAGAGCCGAAAAAGAAAGGCUGGACAGGGAGAAGGCUCUAGAGCAGGAGAGAUUCGAGAAGGAGAGGCUUGAGAGGGAGAAAGCUCUUGAGCAGGAGAAACUCGAGAGGAAGGAGAAGGAGAGGGCUCUGGAACACGAGAAGCUAGAAAAGGAGAAAUCCUUGCAGAAAGAAAAGGAGGCGCAGGAGACAGCCUUGGAACAGGAGAAAGAGAGGGCUAGAAUGGCCGAAAAGGAGAGGGAAAGUCACCUCCCUCCGUUCAAACGCGGCCGCGAGCUUGGUUUCACCCCCCUGCCCACUCCUACCCUCCUCUCCACAGGACCGGCCGCAAAGUCAUCGGCAGAGGAAGGCGAGAAGGUAGAUGCCCAUGCUAAAUCCAGCAUCUCACCAACACCUCUGUCGCCUCAGUCCACAUUCAAGAAGUUCCGCUUCCAACGGGAGCCCCCAAUUCAAUCGUCCUCGCCUUCCAUGGUCAUCAAGCGGCCCCGUAACUUCUCAGACACCCCCCAGCCCCGGGCCUUAACCGUCUCUGCGCUAACAGAAGUUACACAGCAGGAAGGACCCAAGUCCUCCACCGAACAGGAAGACCCACAGUCUUCCAAGGCGCCCGAGAAGGAGACCCCUAUUAGCACCACGAGUCCCAAAAAAGAAGAGGCAAAAAGUCUUGUAUUGGCGGACAAAGAAAAAGUGGAUUCAGCAAAGAUGGAGACAGAAUCUGCAGCUAAGGAAGUGGACAAAAGCAAGGGUCCAAGAGAGGAUACUGCACAGCGGAGGGGAAGAGAGACAAAGAAGGACGAGAAACAUGCAAGAAAACGAUCAUCGUCUAAUGACUCCUCCUCCUCAGAAUCCGACUCUGGGUCUUCAUCGUCCGGCUCCUCCAGCUCAUCAACAUCCUCUAGAGAGAAAACCCGUGACACUACAAGGGGUAAAAGGGAAGAGAAACCUAAAAAAGAUCUGGCUCAGGCUAAGGGCAUAAAGGAAAUGCCAAAAGUCUCCCCGAGCAAAGGAGGGUCGUCUGUAGAGAAGAGAAACGUAACUGCUGAUGAAGGCCACAACAAGAAACCUUUCAUUGAAGCACCGACCAGAGAGGAGCCCCAAAGUAAGAAAAAGGACAACGACGGAGAGAAGGAAACAGACAAACAAAGGCAGGUGAAGGAGACUGCCAUGGCAGAGCCAGAGAAGCUUCCAGAGACCAGCGAGGAGACACCAAAGGCCUUCUCAACUCGUAAGAUCUCUAUCAGCAGCAGUAAAUCGUCCCCGGGCACCGGCGGUGCAGAGGGCGAGCAGGACUCUGGGGCUGCAGCCGGGCGCAAGAGGAGGUGGGGAUCCAGCACAGCCGUCACCGCCAAGAAACCUUCCUUCAGCAUCACCACGGAGUCACUGAAGUCUCUGAUCCCAGACAUUCGUCCGUGCCUCGGUCAGGAGGCCAUAGUGGACCUGCACCCAGAGGAAGCCGCCCUCUCCGGUGCUGAGGAAGAAGAGAGGGAGCGCUCUGACCAGGACCUACAGAUCCGACGAACCGUCACACAGGUGGUGCACCCGGAGAGCCAGGAGAAUGGACAGAAGGAGGUGAAGAGGAGCAAACACGAGGACUCGGAGGAGGAGGAUGUGCAGGGAGACAAAGAGAGGACAAGAGCGCACGAGGAGAAGGACAGGAACGUGAUGGAAACCCAGUCUCCAUCACACACUAGCCGUGAUGUAGAAAUGAACACUGUGACCCCAGGCGACACCCUCAUCCGUCGCUCCAUCAGCCAGCAGAAAACGGGUGUUUCCAUCACAAUCGAUGACCCUGUUCGCACGGCCCGGCAGCCCUCUCCACCCCGCGGCAAAGUCUCCAGCAUCGUUCACAUCAGCAACCUGGUGAGGCCGUUCACUCUGGGGCAACUGAAGGAGCUGCUCAGCAGAACCGGCACCCUGGUGGAAGAGGGCUUCUGGAUCGACAAAAUCAAGUCUCACUGCUUCGUCACCUACUGCAGCUCAGAGGAGGCCGUCGCUACUCGUGCAGCUCUCCACGGAGUGAAAUGGCCUCAGAGCAACCCAAAAGUCCUUAGUGUAGACUUCUGCCAGCAGGAUGAGUUGGACUUCCAAAAAGGCUUGGCCGACCGACCCGGAGCAGAGGAGCCCGGCGCCGGCCGCGGCCGAGCGUCCGGCCUGCCCUCUCUCUUCCCCGAGCGAGAACAGUGGGCCGAGCGCGAGCGAGAGAUGGAGCGCCGAGAGAAGGCCAGGGCGGAGCGGGAGUGGGACCGCGACAAGGUCCGAGACUUCGGGAAACCCGGCGAGGAGAAGGAGGGAGACCCCCAGAGGUCACUCUCCAAAGAGAAACGCCGCAAAGAGAGGGCGGAGGGCAAGGAAAAGAAGAAAGAUAAAACAGCUGAGGAUCCUCCGGCAAAGCUGCUUGAUGAUCUUUUCCGCAAAACUAAAGCAGCUCCUUGCAUAUACUGGCUUCCACUUACAGACGACAAUAUCGCUCAACGGGAAGCGGCCAGAGCAGAACGGAUGAAGGUGCGCGAGAAACGGAGGAAGGAGCGAGAUGAGGAGGAGGAGUUGAAAAAAAGGGAAGAGGAGCGCAAGGAGAGGGUGAAACCUGCAGGCGGCCAAACUGCAGAGCGGAGCGAGGGUGAGAAGGAGAAGGAGAAAGAGAAGGAGAAGGAGAAGAGCAGGGACAGAGAGAGAGACAGAGGUAGGGAGAACGACAAACGGAGGGAUGGUUACCGUAGGCCAGAAGGCCGCGGGGCCGGCGGGGGCCGACGCUCCCGCAGCCGCAGCGACCCUCGAGACAGGCGGCGUUAACGGCCAAUCAACUGACGGGACUGAGACCACACCCUCUUCCAUUUGCCUUUCACUACAUGUACUUUGUUACAACUAAGAUCCAAUAGAGGACCAACUGAUGUCGCCACCAUCUCUCAAAUUGUCACCUUUUUUAAACAAGCACAUCCGCACCUACACGCAGUCGGGCUUAAAAGGGGACCAUGGUUUUGUUGCAGUGUUGUUUCCCAGAGUGCCGUGCGUGGCGCUUCUGUCAAGAUUCGAUAUAUUUUCUUUAUACGUUUGCCUCUCUUCUUCUUAAGUUUUUUGUCUUGACGGUUUCGCAGUAUGACACGCUGGGUUAUUUUAAUAAUUUCCCGCCAUAUGUUCCCCAUUCGCCCCCAAAGUGUAGAUGCCAAUUAUGAUUUGCAAUCACUUGUCGUUGCCUCUGUGUUUUGAACAGCUCUGAAAUCUGGAUGAGGAAUCCUUUUGUUGCUGCAUGUAGUCCAGGCUCUUCUUGCCAGCCCUGCCUAAAGAGAAAACUGUCCUCCGUGCAGAGGCUUGCAUAAAUCUGAAAAUAUUGGAAUAGGUGUGUUUGGCAUUUUGUACAGACAUAUAAGUUUAAUUCAAAAUCAAGUCUUUUAAAUGAGGCAGCUCUGGGGUAUUUUUGGACAGGUGUGGAAUGACUUCUAAGGCAAUGCAGGGUUCCUCUCUCCCUCUGUUUAGUUAAGAGAUGAGACGAUUCUCUGUCUGUCACGCCUGUCACAAGUUAUGAUUAUGUACGUAUCAUCGCUUCUCUUCUUCCUCCUCUUCCUCUUCCUCCUCCCUGUAGCGUCAAGGGGGGGAGGUUGCAUUAUGAGUUUUCUCAACAAUGGUUUUAAUAUUGUUUUUUUAAUCUUUAUUUUAUCAUGUUAGUAAAAAUGUUUUUGUUUUGUUUUUUAUUUCUUCUUUGAGUACGCCUAUCAGUGGUGAAUGUACAAAUAAUAAAAAUUGAAAUUUGAAA